CUUCUAUAUAUACUACAUUAUCUCCUUGAUCACCCACGAAAAAUCCAAACCAGCAGAGCAGAAAGAAAUUAAGAUUUUGAGAGACAUAGAGAACCAUGAGUCCCCAUGCAGGUGCAACAAGCAACUCCAGUAGCAGUGCAUGUGGUGUAUAUGGCAGCGGAUUCGAGCACUGGAAGUCUCCAGCCCCUUAUCUUUUUGGAGGGCUAGCUGUGAUAUUAGGACUCCUGGGCAUGGCGUUGCUUAUACUAGUUUGCUAUUGCGAAAUAUCAGCACCCAAUUCAGCUGGUUCUGAUGAUGUUGAGGCUCGACAAAAAUCUCAUCAUCUCAGGAUGCAGCCUUUGGAGAUGGAGCCGAAGAUUGUUGUGAUUAUGGCUGGUGAUGAUAAUCCUACUUACUUGGCCAACCCCGUGGCUUGCAUCUGCCGAUCUCAUCAACAACUGUAACUUCUAUAUAUAUAUGAGCACAUAAUUUCUUUUUAAAUUAUGUACAACUUUUUAUAAAAAAUUUAUUCAAUUUUUUUUAAAUAAAUUAUGCGAAAUGAAAAGAUAUAAACAAAUGGAAUCAAUUCCUAUUUCCAUUAUGUAGCUCUAAAUUUGAGAUUACUAAGAGC